AUGACUCUGACCUCUCGACCUGCGAAACGUCUGCGCUCUUCCACGCGCCUGUCUAAAGCACACACAGCUACCCGGAGCGAUCCUCCCGCGGACGCCAUCAACGAUCUCGCAGCACGAUGGAUAGCAUCUUUACCCGAUAAAGCGACCGUCUUCUCGCCGGUCGGGGUGUGGCCUGUGCUCGCCAUUCUCGCGGACCCAGCCACGGAGGACGUUUCAGCCGAUCUACGAACAACCCUCUGCGUGGACCGAUCUGUCGAAGAUGCGGACCUUCUGCAUGCAGCACUUGACACGCUCGAGUUUCUGGCCUGCAAUGACGCCCUUGAUGCCGCAGUGGCUGUGUGGGUCUCGCAACACCUCGGCGUGAGGGAGGAGUGGCUCGCCCGACUUCCAGAGCACUCGAGAGGUCUCUUGACUCAGACGCCAGCGGUCGAUCAACCUAUCCUGGACGAAUGGGCGCGACAGCGCACGCGCGACCUGUUCACCGAGUGCCCUGCCAAGAUUGAGAAAGAGGACGACUUCGUCCUUGCGAGCGCCAUCGGGCUCAAUAUGGAGUGGACCACCCACUUCCAGCGGAUCUCCAAGCAUAAGCUCAGGCAGCACUUUCGGGGCCUGAGCUACAUCCGAUGUGCCGAUGGCAUCACCACUGUCCGCGUCGAAGGACGGAGCCGCAAUCAACCCCGUUCGGGCGCCAUCAACUGCUACCUGGUCCUAGGCGAGAAGGGAGCCUCUGCCUCGGACACACUGUCUCGCGGACUAGCGCUGGUUCGGAGACACGGCGCUUCUUCGAUCAGCUACAAGAACGCCCUGAAGCUGGCCGGACCAGGCCUGACCGUGAGGAUCGAGGAAUCGUGCGCCUUUCAGGACAAGGGCAGACCUUAUGUCGAGAUUACCACGCCCGGAUUCAAGGUCUCGGCAGACCACGAUCUGCUGGAGAGCGACGUCUUCGGGCUCGGAUCCGCCAAGGAGGAGCCGGAGACGCUUGGCCAUCACUUCCCCGGCAUCACCGACAAUGCUACUUGGGUGAAGGCAGCAGGUCAGAGUGCCGUGGCGAGGUUUAGCUCGGGCGGUUUCCGAGCUGCGGCUGUCACUCACGCACGCGGGUCGACUUGCAUGGCGGCACCACGAAAGCCAUCACCUCCCAAGUUCGCGCAGGCGCUCUUCCUCGACGUCGAGAUCGACCGGGCGUUCGGAUUCAUUUGUGUGGAGGAGAAUACGGGGGUGGUGUUGUUCGUGGGAUGGGUCACGGAGGAGCAGUUCAUGGACAGCGAGAAGGAUAUAAGGAGCUCGACCGGCUCCAAGUGA